AUGAAGUGUUCUUCCGCGCUCCCUUCCUCGUUCGUGUUCUUCAGUGGGCUUCCUCGCAGCAGUCUUCUUCCUCCUCGUAGCAGUGUUCCUCGCAGCAGUCUUCUUCUCCAUUUUGGUUGCGUCCCUUCGUGUUCUCCAUUGGGUUGUUUGAGCGUUUCUUCCGCCAUCGAGAUCAUGGUUAGAACACGAGGUCUACGUUGUGUGGUAGGCACAGGUAGAGGCAAAGACCUUAGUCAGGAUGUGCCUAAGGAUUUGGCUGAGGAUGUGCCUGAUGCGUCUGAUGGUAGCCCAGAGAGGACAGGAGCCGCCGAUGGUGCUGAGUCUGAUCGAGUGGCUAGUGAUGGGACAGCUGCUGAUGAUGAGGGGUUCCUCGGUGGGCCACGCAAUCCAUAUGUUUUGAUAGGAUUUGCUGAUCAUGUGGCACACAGCAUAUGGCAUGGACAGGAGCGACCCGAUCUCAAGUUGGUCUCCCAUGGUAGGAAAGUAGAUAAAUUUGGGAGACCGGCUGCUGAGAUCGAAGGUAUGAUUGCGGCCACCGGAUUGGAUCCAUUGAUCAGGUGUUCUGUGAUCACCACUGAUCCUGGACUCAUAUCCGCCUUUGUUGAGAGGUGGCAUAGGGAGACGAGCAGCUUCCACCUCCCAGUAAGGGAGGUGACGAUCACUCUAGACGACGUUUCGUCGCUCCUGCACAUCACGAUUACUAGCGCGCUGCAUUCAUUCGAGCCGAUGGCUACAUCUGACGCAGUGGCGCUGUUGACGGAGCUACUUGAGGUCACCCCAGACGAGGCUACAGUUGAGACACGUCAGGCAGGUGGGCCUCAUGUUCGGUUGUCCUGGCUUCGGGACAUGUACCAGAGUAGGUGUCGGGCCAGGCAGUGGGUUGCUGUAGCUCGGGCGUACCUACUUCAUUUGGUUGGUUGCACUCUUUUCGCUAACAAGAGUGCAACCCAUGUCCAUGUUGUGCACCUGCAGGCAUUCAGAGACCUGGCACAGGCAGGGACAUUCUCUUGGGGAGCGGUCGCUUUGGUCCACUCGUACGAUCAGCUUAACGAGGCAUCGCAGGCCCCUACACGGCAGAUGGCUGGUUACAUUUCACUACUUCGGUGCUGGAUUUAUGAGCACUUUCCAUCAGUCCACAGGUCUGUUGUUGACGAUGGUUAUGCUGAGGCUAGCCCACGUGCCUGUAGGUGGCUUACGGGUAAGGCCUAG